AUGGCUACCGAAGACUUCACCGAUCGCCGAAGCACGACGCCCUCGGGCGAACCACGCGGCAGCAGCAACCCUCUCCUCGGAUCGUCGAACCCGCUCAUCUCAGAUCUCGAACAAGAAGUGCUCGACGAAUACAGCCGAUUGCUAGAUAAUGUAAACAAGUUAUCCGACACAUUCGCCGAUCUCGCGGGGUCGCCGGCCUCCCUCACUCUCGACGGACUGCGCUUGCUCGAGCGCAAGACUGCGACGGUGUAUACGCUGCUCAAGGCAAGUGUUUAUAGUAUUGUGUUGCAACAGCAGAUUAUCACCGAGGGGGAAGCGGCGGGGCAGCAGCAGCAGCAGCAACAUGAUCAGUAUGCAGAGGGGGUUUCGGGGAUGACGAAUAUGACAAUGGGUGGUGAGGGGGAUACGAUGACACAAUGA